GUUGUCUUUUGACUUCAGCUCUCUGCUGUCAAAAAGACCGGCAGCAAGCCGAGAGUAAUCCGAUUUUUUGUGUGACGUAGUUCCGGUAAUUUAACCCGCCUUGUUUAAAAAGGACGCUAUUGUGUGGUGUUGAAUUUCAGAGUGUUUCGAACUGCGUGUAAGAAGCCGUGCAAAAAGCCUUGCGAGUACUUGGCGUUUUAGUAUCCUCGAACUAAUUUUUGGUUUACAUAACUGUGAGAAUCAUGAAAGUCUGGCUUUUCUUGGUUCUUGUGUUGAUCGUGCUUUCGUGCGAAGCAGGAAAGAAGAAGAAGAAGAAGACAUCUUCAUCUAAUAACCUUAAAAAUCUGUUUUUACGUCGACGACCAACAGCUAGACCGACAACUGAACCGACAAAGCCUCCCCCAGUGCAAGUGAAGAAGGUUAAUCUGAAGAACAUAGACUUCACAAGCAUCAACACAACAGAUCAAUUUUACGAAGUCUUUAACUUGCCGCGCCUUAAGCAGCAUGGUCAUGGAUCUGGUGGUGUUGGAAGUGACCAUUCAACUGCAAUGCAGGAUUAUUCAGAAUGGGGUUGCAAAUUCCGUCCAACACUGGUUCAUCUUCCUGCUCCACCAUAUGGUAGAGGAUUUAUUUUUCCAUCAUGUGCAACAGUGAAUCGCUGUUCAGGUUGCUGUGGUGUAAGUAACCUUGAAUGCAAACCAGUGGGUGUAACCAAGGUUCAAGUGGAUUACUACCAUUUUCAACCCAAUGGUUCAUAUACAGAAACGUCAAGACUGGUGGAUGAACACCUUGGUUGUGCUUGUCAAUGUUCUCAGACUGCUGACUCUUGUUUGAAGACACAAUUCUUGAAUCCAGGUCUAUGCCAGUGUGAAUGUUUACCACAAAAUCAAGAAGACGCGUUGGACUGUCCGCAAAAAGGAAAUUUUCAGUAUGAUCCAAAAACUUGCAGUUGUGUUUGUAAAACAGUGCGCCACUGUGAUCAUGAUCCAAAUUUACGAUGGAGUGAUAAGGAUUGUGCCUGUGUAUGCAAGAAGGAGAAAUGCCCAUCGAGGCAAUUUUUGGAUAAGAACACCUGCCAAUGUGUCUCUGAAGUAUUGGGCCAGCGGCAAUAAACCAUGUCCCUCUAUCAUGUUCCCUUUACCAGAGAACCAAAUGAACAUUUCAGAUAGCUCUUUAUUGUCACACUCUCAUUUCCACCUAACAUGUACAGGCUACAGGUAGGGCUAGCACUGUCCAAGACUCAAUCUAAGACAUUCUACACAGAGGACUUAAAAACCAAAAUGAUCUGUAAGCAUAGUGUCUUUCACUGGUUACUUAUCUACUUAACGUCACAACAGAUUAACUUCCAGUUGGAGAUGCCAUAUUCAGAUAUCUGAGUGUAUAAUGCUGCCAUCAGAAUUAAAUUUUUUGAACUCCUGUCAGUGACAGACAUGUUUACCCAGUUUCAGUUUUUUGACUUUUCAGUGAUCAGGUUUUCUGUUUAUAUUUUUGUCUUUACAGUUUUGACCUCUUGUAAUCAAACAAGUAAAUUUACAAAACAUUUAGCUGAAUGGAAGACACUUCAUUUGUUCAAGAGAGAUUUAAUUAGUUAAAACCUUGGUCAAAAAAAUAUCUUUUUAAACUAGCCUUUUAACAUACAUUUUCUUUUAAUCAUAACUUACAUUAUUUUUUUAAAUAUGGGCUUUUUUAAUCUUUAAAUUUUUUACUCAUUUUUACUCAUUUUUAUUGUGAAGUGCCUAAGGUAUGUUAUCAGUGGAGUAGUGCUAUAGAAAUGUACCGGUAAUUUUGUUUAACCCUUCAAUCAACCAUUUGAAAUUUCGCAGCAGAUUUGUGUUCUUGUGAUUUUUAAACUCAUUUAUUAUUAACUACUUACUAAUCGAGAGUGAGGUCUUAAUGGGAAAAUCUAAAACUGAGACCUUGCCAUAUUGACUGAUGAGCAACAGCAAGGUCAAUACUGCAAGGCCAAGGUUUGAGAUUUGCCCGUAAAGACCAAACGCCAGAGGUUAAUCAGUUGUUUCUAUAUGGCUUUUUGCUUUGCAUUUGUGGGCCUGUAAUUGGCCCAUGGGCAUUACAGGAGAAUAAUGCCCUGGAAUUUGCCAAUCAGAGCUUGCGUUACAUUGGCUGCAAACACAAGCCAUAUAUAUUAUUAAUUAACGUUAAUAAUUAGUCAACUUGAUAAAAUAAACAAAAUCACUUGAGACGAUGUAUCAUCAAUCAUCACAGGCAUUUCUGAACCCCUCAAAUAAUUUCUGCCAGAUGUAGGUACUUUGUAUUUUCAACUCUUUUACUUGUUUUUGGUUUGUUACCCAUAUACAGAGUGUACUUAAAAUUUAUCGGUUUUGAUAUCUUAACUAAUGUUGUGACUCAACACUGCUGUACAAACAUUGUGGAAAAAAAAUGAAAUACUUAAUUUUUAUUUUAAUUUGUUAUUAAAUGUUUAUUAGCAACUCAUUAAAUAAUAUGUCAAUAAUUAUUUUAUAAUAUAUAUUUUUUAAAAUGGGCCUCACUACUAAUUUUUUACUGUUUUUAAACCAGAGAAAAUCAGUUUUACACAGCUUUUCAAUAUGAUGAUAGCAGAGUAUGGUACUUUUCCUCUAAAGUAUGCAAUGGUAUUGCUGCGUUCAUUGUUUAUUUAGUUCAUAGUAAAGAUGCAAAAUGGUAAUUCAAAUUUGAUUUUCCUGUUUGCCAUUAUGUUUGUUCAUGGGUAUAAAGCUUCAUUAUGGAAAAAUGUUCUAGAUCAGGUUGUUAUCAUGGAAUGAUAGUAGCUUUGGAAUGAUUAUAUUAAUUAAAAGGAAUUUUGUAGACUUUCA